GACAUAAUUGUUAACAUAAUUUUUAGGGUCUAUUUUUGCAUAUCAACAUUGUGUAUCAUUAUAAUUAACUUAUCAGUGUUAAAAACUAUAAUUAUUUCACUAUAAGCGUCUGUUGAAAUCUCAGAACAUAAUGAAGUAUUUAUUUAGUGUUAUAUUCUUCGUGUUUUUCUGUUCAGUGUUUACAACGGAAUUGCGCGAAGAGGAGAAAUGGAAGAUGAGGAAAUGGCGACACAAACGGGAAGACGACCGUUGGAACUGGGGAUACGUGGAUAUCACAGAAAAGUUUGGUGAGCUCAAGAGUACCACCGAGGAUCCAGUGACGCCAGCGCAGAACUCCACACCAUGCAUGCCAUAUGUACGACCGCCUACACCAGACUUCAGUGCAUCUGGUAGAAGAAUCAGCGAAGUCAAAUGCUACGAAUACAUCUGGGAUGUGAAAAUAAGAGACAAAAAUGGACAAAGAGAGAUUAGCAU